AUGGAUAGUGAGGAAUUAUCUUUUUAUAAUAAAAAAGAGGAAUUUCACUACGAAAUUUGCUCAAAAAUCAAUAUACAAGAAUUAGAAAAUAAAAAUUAUGAUCAAUUAUUAGAAUUAUUUGAAAUUAUUGGAUUAAGAAUUAUACCAAAUACUAUAAAUAAUAUCAACGACGAUGAAAAUGAAAAUGAAAAUGAAAAUGAAAAUGAAAAUGAAAAUGAAAAUGAAAAUGAAAAUGAAAAUGAAAAAAAAAUCAAAAUAUUAAAAAAUCAAAUAAGAAAUUAUUUAAAAGGAUUUAAUGAAUAUUCAACAAAAUUAAAUAAUAUUAUUAAUUAUAAUAAUUUUACAAGUAAUAUUAAAGAUUUAAAAAUCAAAGAUAUUGAAAUAUCUGAAUUAUUAUUUUGGAAAGUUUGGAAAAAUAAAAUUUUAUAUAAAAAAAUUGUAUCAAAUUUAUCUCAAACUCAUUAUUAUGGCUUAGGAAAACUAUAUUAUAAAUAUGAUGAAAUAUCUAUACAAUGGAUGAUUGAUAAUAAUCUUUAUCAAUUAUUUGAAUAUAAAGUUAAAUUAAGUGAAAAUUUAAUUUUCGAUACUUUAUUAUAUGAUGGACCACUUAAUUGUAUAAUUUCUCUCUAUAAAAAUGGUGAUUUAAAAUUUUAUCAACAAUUAUUUAAAAAUUAUAAAAAUCAAAUAAAUUCAAUCCACGAUUUAAUUUUAUUUUCUAUUAAAAGUAGUAAUAUUAAUUCAUUACAAGCAUUAAUAGAAUUAUAUAAUAAUAAUAAUAAUAGUAAUAAUAAUAAUAAUAAUAAUAAUAAUAAUAAUAAUAAUAAUAAUAAUAAUAAUAAUAAUAAUAAUAAUAAUAAUAAUAAUAAUAAUAAUAAUAAUAAUAAUAAUAAUAAUAAUAAUAAUAAUAAAAAUAAAAAUAAAAAAAUUUAUGAUGAUGAUUAUGAUUAUGAUAAUGAUGAUGAAAUUAUUAAAAUAAAUAAUUAUUUAAAAUUUGCAAUUAAAAAACUUGAAUAUGGUUGUAUUAAAAUAAUAGUAUCAAAUUUUAAUAAAGAUGGAAUUUUAUCAAUACCUUUAGAAUGUAUUAAUUUUAAGAGUAGAAGUAAUUCAAUAUUUAAAAUAACUCAUUAUUUAGUUGAGAAUAAUGUUAUUAGUGGAAUGGAGAAUAAUAAAGAAGAAGAAAGAGAACAACUUUUCAAAUCAUUAAAAAUAUUAAUAUCUAAAAAGAAAAUAAAAAUUUUAAAACUUAAACCAUCAGAAUUAAUUAGUAUUUGUUUUUUAAUAAAUAAAUGUGGCAAACCAUUAUUAGAAAACCAAAUACCAAUCACUAGUUCUAGUACUUCCAAUGAAAUUAUUAUAAAUGAUUCAAUGUUUAAAAAUGAAAAUUUAUAUAAAAGAUUAGAUAAAAUCUUUUUAUCAAAUACCACCACUAAAGAUGAAGAUAAUAUAAUUUUUAAAAUAAUUGAUUUUAUUUAUCAAUCAUUCAAUCUCGAACCACCUUUCAAUCCUUCAGAUUUAUUUAAUCCAAAUGAUUGGAAAGAUUUUGAAAAUCCUGAAAUUAUUUUCUUCUUUUUUAAAUAUUUUAUUAAAGUUCAAAAACAAGAACAAAAAGAGAAAUGUAAAAUUGAUUUUUUAAAUAAAAUUAUAAAAUUUAUAAAUUCAAAUAAAUUGGUUACUCUUUCACAGGCACUAUUUUAUAUGUUGGUUGAAAAUGAUGAUGUAUAUCUUUUAAAAAUAAUGGUAUCAAGAAUAAGUUGCUCUGAUUUUAAAAAUUGCUUUCACUCUUUACAUUUAAAAAAUGUUUCAGUUCAAAAUUAUAUCAAGUCCAUUAGUAUGUUAGAUUGCUGUUAUAUAGAUUAUCAAAUACAAUUUAAGAUUGAUAAAAAAAGGAGAGAGAUAUUCUUUGGGUUUACAGAUUAUAUACUUUUUGAAAGAUUUUUAAGACAUUCUAUUUUCUACCGUUUUGAUAAUUUUCAUAGUAUUUCAAUUGAAAGAGAUUUUAAUAUUAUUGAAGGUAUUAUUAAUUAUAAUAAUAAUAAUAAUAAAAAAAAUAAUAAUAAUGAAGAAUGCCCUAUAAUUAAACCUUUUGUACUUUUACAAUCACUUUUAAGUAAUUAUAAAACAAAAGAAGAAUUUGAAUUGGUUUUCCCACUUUUAAUUAAAACCAUUGAAGUUACAAAUGACCCUUAUGAACCUGAAAAAUUAUUCAAACGUAAUAAACAAGGAGCAUUCAAAUUUAUUAAUUGGGUAAUAAUAAAUCGUGGAGAUGAUAUAAAAUCUGGAAGAUGUAUUAUUGGUAAAAAUAAAUCAUUAAAAGAGUUAUUCUUAAAUAAUGAUAGAUUUAUAAUUGAUUAUAAUAAAAAUGUUGAAAUAAUAGGUCAAUGUGGUGAUAUAGAAUUAUUAAGUGAAUGGCUAUCACUUUAUUUUGAACUUCAACCUAAAACUCAACAUUGUUUUGAUUAUGACUUUUAUAAAAUUUUAACAGAUGCAAGUAGAUUUGGUAAAUUAAAAAUUUUUCAACAUCUUUAUUAUUUUUAUCCAAAUUUAAUUGUUAACAAUGAAACUAAUAACAAAUUAGACAAUCAAAAAUCAUUCAGUCAUAAUGAAAUCAAAGGUUUUAAUGAUAAUCAAUUUCAAACAAUAAUCAAAUUAUUAACACCAAAUCAAAUAAAUUAUAUUAAUUUUUAUUUUUUCUUUAAAUAUUCACUUGGUUAUAAUAUGGAUUAA